AUGUCCCUCCCUGCACCGCAAGGAAGUAUCUGUCUAGUGGCUGGCUCGGCCAUUCCCGACUUGGCUCAGGCCAUUUCUGACUACAUCAAUGUCCCGCUGCUCGAUUGUGUGGUGGGGCGCUUCAAUGACGGCGAGAUCAGCAUCGAGAUCCGCGACAACGUGCGGAACAACCACGUGUUCAUCAUUCAGUCGACGUGCGCCAACGUCAACGACACGACGAUCGAGCUGCUGCUGAUGGCGCGGACGUUCGUGCGGGCCAAUGCCCAGCAGAUCACCGUCGUCAUCCCGUACAUUGGAUACUCGCGGCAAGACACUGGUGCGACAAACAACGUGGCAACGGUGGCCGGCGCCGACGUGGUCAUGCUCCUGCAGGCCGCAGGUGUCACAGACAUCAUCUCGCUCAACUUGCAUUCGGACCAGAUCGGCGGCUUCUUCUCUGGCUCGGUCGACAACCUCAAGCCAUGGCUUGUUUUUGUCGAGCCCAUCCUGAAGCUGGCGGUGUCCGAGAUGGACGAUGGUGCCGCCAUCACCCUCGUCGCCCCGUCGGCCAAGGCCGUCCCGCGCGUCCAGGAGGUACGUGCCAAGCUCCUCGAGGCCGGUCUCGACACCAAUCUCGCUGUCAUCAUUCGCGACGUGACCCCGCUCCAGUCCGUGCCCGACGCCAGCCUCACGGCCGAGGCCCUCAUCCAGACCAAAGCCAAGCUCUCGCGGACCAUGGUGGGCGAGGAGUACGUCGUUGACGCCCACUGCAUCAUGAUCGACGACAUCGCCUUCUCUGGCAACACUCUGUUUGGCACCGUCGAGUGCCUCGACGCUGCAGGCGCGCGCUCAGUCCGCGCCUUUGUUACCCACCCAGUCUUCUCCCAGCCAACUUGCAUGGCUACCAUCGCCGCCCUCGACCCGCUCGUUGCCCUCUACGUCACAGACUCGAUCCCGCUCUCCUCCCGCGACGACGUGCCCGACAAGGUCCACGUCGUCACCACCGCAGAGAUCUUUGGCGAGGCCAUCAUCCGCACUUACUCCUCCGAGGUCCUCCCCAACAAUAUCUCGUCCCGCGACAUACUCGAUCUCUCCUCAUCUUCACUCACCGCCUCGCCGCGCCGUCGCCGCUUUCACCUCAACCAGUGA